CUCUCACGACGUAAUACCGUUUUUCUUAACUUUUAAAUACUUUAAGCGCUGAUGGAUUUUCCCGCGUUUUUUUCCAUCUUCUAUCUUUAUCGACUACAAGCUCGCUUACAGGAGUAUACACUUUCAUAAUGGGCAAAUUGCAGCUUGAAUACUUUAACAACAACGAAGGUAUCGUGGCUCAACAGGGAAACACCUUAACAUACCGUCUCUAUCAUGAGCAGAUUCAAAUCGAGCCCUGGGGAAAGAACAGCUUGCGUGUCCGUAUCACUCAGGCUAGCCAUAUCCGUGACGAUUUGCCUGGCGCAUUGUUAAGUCUGGAAGAAAUCGGAUUCAAGGCCUCUCAGGAUGCGAUCAAGAUCACUGAAGUUGGCGGCACCAUUCGCAAUGGUAACAUUGAAGCCCGUGUGACCAAGAAGGAAGGCAAUAUCAUCUUUUGGGAUCUCAAAAACGACCGCGAGCUGGUGCGUGAAGCGCAUCCCCAUAUUUGGAUCAACGGCCGCGUUAUCCGUCCAUUGACUGGCGAUGCCUACAAAAUUGAAGCCAACUUUCAAGCAUACGAUGAUGAGAAGUUCUAUGGCCUUGGCCAGCACCACCAUGGUAAACUGAACCAAAAAGGCUGUGUAAUUGACCUCUGCCAGCGCAACGCCCAUGUUACCAUUCCCUUCUUGGUGUCGAGCCGUGGCUACGGUUUCUUGUGGAACAACCCUGCUGUUGGUCGUGUUGAGCUUGGUAUGGGCAUGACGCGUUGGGUUGCUGAUGUGUCACCACAAAUGGAUUACUGGAUUACAGCUGGUGACUCGGUUGCCGACAUCAUGUCGAACUAUGUGGAUGCCACUGGUCACUCACCUCCCCUUCCUUAUUAUGCUUCUGGUUUCUGGCAAUGCCGUUUGCGUUACAAGUCGCAGGAUGAAGUCUUGAGAGUCGCUCGUGAAUACAAGAAGCGUGGCUUACCACUAGACAUUAUUGUCAUUGACUAUUUCCAUUGGACACACCAUGGCGACUGGAAAUUCGAUCCUGUCCAUUUCCCUGAUCCCAAGGCUAUGGUAGAUGAGUUGAAGAAGCUGAACAUAGAAAUCAUGGUUUCUAUCUGGCCCACACUCCAACCGGACUCCGAGAAUUUUGAGGAGAUGGAACGCCGCGGCCUGUUGCUCCGUAACGCAAGAGGACCCAAUGUGCACCAUCGCUUCUAUGACAACCCAACUCUUGUUGAAGCCAAGUACAUUACCCAUUAUGAUGCCACCAACCCUGAAGGCCGUGACUUUAUCUGGUCGAAGGUCCAGAAGAAUUACCACGACCUUGGUAUCAAGAUUUGGUGGCUCGAUGCGGAUGAGCCGGAAAUCGAACCUGUACAACCUGAGAUGCUUCGCUUCCACAUUGGUGACGGCGCCUCGGUCUACAACAUCAGUCCUAUGCUUCACGGUAUGGGAUUCUACAAGGGCAUGAAGCAAGUGGGUCACGAGGAUGGCGACAUCAUUUCACUUUCUCGCUCCGGCUGGGCAGGCUCCCAGCGAUGGGGUCAGGCCAUCUGGUCAGGCGACAUUUCUUCGACCUUCGCGACACUUGCUGACCAAGUGCGCGCAGGUUUGAACAUGGGCUUGAGCGGUAUUCCUUGGUGGACCACAGACAUUGGCGGUUUCGUCGAGGGCAAUAUCUAUGAUGCAGAGUUCAAGGAGUUGAUUGUCCGUUGGUUCCAAUACGGCGCAUUCUGCCCCUUGUUCCGUCUCCAUGGCUUCCGCGAUCCUAUGCCUGAGCCACAGAUGGGCGCUGAAAACGAAGUCUGGAGCUACGGCGAUGAAGCAUACAACAUCUUGGCUAACUUCUUGCACAUUCGCGACCGUCUUCGCCCUUAUGUAAUGGAGCAAAUGGACAAGGCUGCCAAAGCCGGUACACCACCCAUGCGCCCCUUGUUCUACGAUUUUGAGAGCGAUUCCAAGGCCUGGUCUGUCGAAGACGAGUUCUUGUUCGGUCCUUCGAUUUUGGUCGCCCCGGUGUUGGAAUACAAGGCUCGCUCUCGUGAGGUCUAUUUGCCAGCUGGCGCCAAGUGGACGAAUGCUUGGACUGGCGAGGUUGUUGAAGGCGGUCAAACGAUUACCGUUGAUGCUCCACUUGAGCACCUCCCUCUCUUCUUGCGUGAUGGCGCGGAUCUGCCCAUUAAAGCCUAAAUGAAUCAUAGUGACAAUAACUCUUGAUACACUGCUAUCUACUGUACAUGUUGUAACAAAAUAAAAAUGCACUUUUUUGAAAUUGCUUAAAUGUGUGCCUAAGAGGUUGAGCUUUUUCUACUUGGCAAAGCGCAGCUUGCGAAGAAUAUGCCUAGUUAGUUAAUUUUGUUCGUAGUUGCUAUGUCUGUACUUAAUCUUAGACAGGUCGGAUUAUAACGAGUGGCAAUAAUGCUUCAACAUGUAUCUUCCGGUCGACC